AUGAAGUUUCGGGCCAAUGAAGUUUUCAAUGGGAAGUACACAACACGAAACACUACCAAAAGUUUUGUCCUUGUACCAUUCACUCUUCUUAUCAUCACGCUUCCUCUUUAUCUUACAAGAAACUCAUACGAAUCAAUUCCAGAGAUAUCUGCUGUCAGCAACUUGAACAACAGCACAGAAAUAAAACAAUGUGACAUCUUUUCUGGAAAAUGGAUUCCUUACCCUGAAGGGCCUUAUUACAACAAUGAAACUUGUAAUUUGAUAAUAGAUCAGCAAAACUGCAUGAAGUUUGGGAGACCUGACAAAGAGUACCUCCAUUGGAGGUGGAAACCAGAGGAAUGUGAGCUUCCUCUUUUUGAUGCAACCCAGUUCUUAAAGCUUGUGAGAGGAAAGAAGAUGGCCUUUGUUGGUGACUCGGUGGGAAGAAACCAGAUGCAGUCUUUGUUGUGCCUCCUAAAUCAUGUGUCACAACCUGAGGACAUUUCUGCUAGAUAUUCAUCGGAUGUGACAUAUUUCAAACGGUAUUUCUUUGCUGAUUAUAGUUUUACCCUUGCAACACUAUGGUCUCCUUAUUUUGUGAGGGCAGGUGAUGCUGACAGCAAUGGACAUUCUUACAACAGCAUCAUGAAACUGUAUCUAGAUGAGGUAGAUGAAGCUUGGGCUAGCCAAGUUGAAAAUUUUGACAUUGUGAUAAUCUCAGCAGGACAUUGGUUCUUUAGACCUUUAUUAUUCUAUGAAAAUGAUCAACUUGUUGGAUGCAACAAGUGUGGAAUGGAGAAUGUCACAGAUCUUGCUCACUACUAUGGAUACAAGAAGGCCUUCAGGACUGCAUUUAGAACUAUCACAAAUCUUAGAAGAUUUAAAGGGGUCACAUUUUUUAGGACAUUCUCUCCAUCACACUUUGAAAAUGGGGAAUGGAAUAAAGGAGGGAAUUGUGUGAGGACAAAGCCAUUUACCAAGGAAGAAAUGAAGUUGGAUGGGUAUAUUCUUGAGACAUAUCUGACACAAGUGAGGGAAUUUAAAGAAGCACAAAAGAAAGCAAGAAAGAGGGGUUUGAAAUUUUUGAUGCUAGACACAACUGAGAUUAUGUUGCUUAGACCUGAUGGACAUCCCAACAACUAUGGACAUUCUAAGAACAAUAAUGUGACAUUGAAUGACUGUGUUCACUGGUGCUUGCCAGGUCCUGUUGACACAUGGAAUGAGUUUUUCCUCUAUAUGUUGAAUAUACAAAGUGAGACAUAUUAUGCUUCAAAGCUAAAGAGAGUUUUUUAG